AACAACUUAACUUGAGUAAAUUAAAACUAAAAAAAGAUUUAAUAGUGAAAAAAUGGCGGCCUCCGAAUCGAUUAUUUCUGCCCCGCCUGAGGAUGGUGCCGGCAAUGUGAUUCUGUGCGUGAUGUGCGCCAAACCCUUCCAGAGGAUGCUGGAUUGCCUUGCCCACGAGCUGCUGGACCAUGACAGCCUGCCCCAGAAGAAGCUGCGCCGUCGACUGUACCCCUCGGGCAGGAACCAAUCCCAAUCCGAGCGCUAUGAGCUGCGGAAGGCCCUCUAUACCUCGAAUCACGGGGCCCAACUGCAAGCGAUGUUGCAUUUCUUCGCUGCGGAUCUGAGCAAAAUGGAGUUUUGCUUUGAUGACGUGAGCACAUACAUAGAGAAGAGCAUGAAGGGAAUGGUUGUGGUGACUUUCUUCGGUUCGUUGGCCAGUGACUUGGCAGUGAGGGGAAGCGACAUAGAUAUGUAUAUAGAACCCUGCGGCGUGCAGCAACCCAAGAAGCUGUUGGGCCAGAUCUCACGCCUCUUACGGCGCAACAAAUGCUUUACGGACAUCGUUGACAUUCGUCGUGCCGUUGUGCCCAUUAUAAAGUGCAGGCAUCAGCCCACAGGGAUUAAUAUAGACAUCAAUAUGUCCAAUCCGAAUGGUGUACAUAACUCCCAGUUUGUACGCGACUUUAUGUCGCACGAUAAGCGACUUCGUGAGCUCACUCUGUUCUUGAAGAUCUGGGCCAAGGAGCUGAAAAUCAUAGGUCAGGGCUGCAUAUCAAGCUACUGCCUGGUUACCUUGAUCAUCGUUAGCUUGCAAGUACUUCGACUGGUGCCAUCCAUAAAGAAGCUGCAAUCGCUCUGCCCACCGGUCAAUGUAUCGGGCGUUAACUUCGCCUAUAGUCUGAACCAGAUGCCAACGAUUCCGUCACAGAUCACCACCCUGGAACUAAUCAAAAAUUUCUUUGAUUACUACAUUACCGUAGACUUUGGGAAGAGUGUUUUGUGUGCCUUUUUGGGCAGCUGUCUGGACAAGGACACCUCACUGGGCACGCCGGGUGGAUUUCCCGAGUACGAAAACCAGCUACGACUGAUCCAUGGCGGAGGGGCAGAGCCGCCAAAGGGUUUUCCACUCGAACGGGCCAUGUGCGUACAGGAUCCCUUCGACUUGCAGCGCAACGUGGCCGGCUCAAUGUGUCCAUCGAAACUACAUUAUUUCAGACAGUGUCUUGUCCUGGCCGCUCAAGGAUGCAGCAAUCGGGAAGUGAUUUCGCAACCAGCCAAGCUAUAUUACUACCUAUUGUUUGGCAUAGCGGAUAAGUUAGGAUCUAUGGGGCAAGUGGCGAAUAACCAGAAAACAGAGAUGGCCGCUCCGCAAAAGCAGCUAAAGGUGGACGUUUCCGGAGGGUCGAAGGAAACCAAACUGGUCUAUAAAGCCCCAACCAUCGGUCUAUCGCACCUGAUCACCCCCACCAGAAAUGAGAUCAAAUGCCUUGAGGAGGGGGUCCUAACUAUAUACUACUACUGGUUGGACUGCUAUGUGUUUGCCAUCAGGGAUGUGCUGACACAGCUAUAUGCCUUGAAUAUCAAACUAAAGGAAUCGAAGCCGCCGCACUACUUUAAGUGGCUCAUCAGCAGCCCCUGCGACACUUGGACAGGACGUUCUUAUCAGCGGGGCGCGGGCCAAUCCUUUUUUGCCCACCAGUUGCAGCAGACCAUCGAGUUCAAAAAGACCAGAAUGGAAAAUCCACAAUAUGCGGUCAAUUUGCGGGGCUAUCUCUCGCUGCUGGCCAGUGAGGACUACAAGGAGCUGCGAAUGGAUGUAGAGCCACUACCUGGGGACUUUCUCGAACCUACGCUAACAAAAUUUUUCAAGAUCUUCAAGAACAUGCUGAACCACUACAGCUUUAAGGAGAAAACCACCACCUGGAAGUAUCGCUCCGAGUCUGAGUAAAUCCGACAACAUUGCUCUACAAAUGUAUUGUAUUUUAACACUGUUUAUUAUCUGAAUUGGUAAAAACACUGAUAGUUAAACAAAUAUAUCA